AUGACGAGAAUUAAUGAGGGUCGGGUUCAUAGCCACGAACAUGUGCAUGCCCAUACGCAUGGCCCGUCGUCAGCGCAAGAGCAGGGAGGAGACAGCGAGGGGCAUGCGGAGCACAGAGAGCAUGGGAGGAGACAUCACAGGAGUUAUAGUCAUACGCAUUUCCGCGUGUACAAGCGACGAUGGUUUGGGUUGGUGCAGUUGGUGUUACUGAACAUCGUACUCUCUUUUAAUUGGUUGACAUUUUCGCCUGUCUCAACAACCUCCGCUGUGUACUUUGGAGUCUCGGAGACAGCGAUUAAUUGGCUGAGUACGGGGUUUAUGUUUGCUUUUGUUGUUAUGGUUCCGUUCGUGAUCUGGACGCUCAACCGUGGACCUAAAGAAGCCAUCCUGUGGUCAUCCGUCCUCAUGUUCGUCGGAAGCUGGAUCCGAUAUGCUGGCACACGUGCCUCAGGCGGCACCUAUGGACCUCUCAUGUUUGGCCAGAUUGUGGUUGGUUUGGCACAGCCUUUUGCGCUGGCAGCGCCGACGAGGUAUAGUGAUCUUUGGUUUACCGAGUCUGGUAGAGUGAGCGCUACGGCCGUGGCUAGUUUGGCGAAUCCGUUUGGUGCUGCUUUGGCUCAAUUGGUUGUUCCUUUCUGGGCGACUAAGGCGAGUGAAGUUCCAAACAUGGUGCUUUACGUUGCUGUUAUUACUACCAUAGCUACCGUCCCUGGCUUCUUCAUCCCUGCCAAACCUCCUACCCCUCCAUCCGCAUCCUCCCACCUCCCGAAAAUCAACCUUCAAGAAUCCGUCUACAAACUUGCCAACUCCUCUUCCUUUUGGCUAAUCCUCGCCCCUUUUGUCAUCUACGUCGGCUCAUUCAACGCUUUCUCCUCCCUCAUAAACCAAAUCCUCUACCCCUACGGCUACUCUGAAUCCGAAGCCGGCAUCUGCGGCGCUUUGCUCAUCGUGGUGGGUCUCGUGACCGCUGCCAUCACCUCACCGAUCUUGGACCGCUCGCAUGCGUAUUUACUUGGGAUAAAGCUGCUAGUUCCGGUGAUUGGAAUCUCGUAUCUAGCGCUGGUGUGGGCACCGCAGACGAGGACGCUAGCGGCUCCGUAUACAAUCGCGGCGCUCUUAGGCGCAGGCAGUUUCUCGCUUGUUCCUAUUACGCUGGAAUAUCUCGUUGAAGUUACAUUUCCGGCCUCCCCGGAAGUCGGAUCUACGAUUUGUUGGGCGGGGGGGCAGCUUGUGGCGUGUAUUUACAUCAUUGUAAUGAAUGCGUUGAAAGACGGGAGUGUGGAUUUGAUGGAGGUUAGUAAAGAGGGGCGGGGGACGGGCACGGGAGACCGACCGCCAGGGAAUAUGUUCAAGGCGCUGGUUUUUCAGGCGGUUAUUGGGUUGGCAGUGUUGCCUUUGCCGCUUUGUAUGGGAGUGGAGUGGUUGGGAUUGGGUGAGGGGAAGGUUAAGGGACGGUUGAGGCUGGAUGAGCAUAGAGAGAGGGAUGGGGGUGUGGCUGAAGGUAUAGCGGAGGAGAAUCCAAAUGCGCGUAGGGAGUAA